UCCCCAUAGCCUGUCGCAGACAGACAGCAUCAGUGAGGAUGAGAAGGAUGUGGUGUCUUGAGUGUGUUGUGAAAGCUGAGGCAGAGGAUCUGAGGCUGUGUGCGGAUUUCCUUUGCAGACUGCCUGCAUGACAUGAGUCUCGUCUUCAGAGGUGUGUGUGUGUGUGCACUCCUGUCCUCCCGCACAUGCUCAGACAUAGACUGAACGUGAGGGCUGAAGUGGAUCCAAAGUCCAUAGAGGACUGGUAAGAACUUAGAUAACAAGGACUUGCAUGUAGACCACACCCAUCUAUUGUACAUAGUCUGUAUACAUUACUGUCUAUCUGCAAAAUGCUUAAUUCUUUACUUGAUCUUGAUUUCAGAUAAAAAGACAGUCAUUAUGGACUUGCACAUUAUGUAUGCUACUUAUUAGAAAGACAGUUGGAGAAAUUCCUCUUAAAUAGCAGUGUUUUCCACAUUGAUACACCACUGAAUAAUAAUAAUAAUUAAAAAAAAACACCAUAAUAUAGCAUAAACUUUGUAAACCGUUAAGUUACAGUGCUUGCAAAUAAUGCUGAUUACUGCUGGCUGCUAUUUGGAACUGGACGACUUUACAACUCUGCAUUAAUCACAACCAACAGUUUAAACAGUACCAUUACUUUUCUGGGCACUGACAUUGUGGCAAAUGGUGUGGAGGGGUCAGGAGUCCAGACCAUGGAUUAGGCUGUGUGUCCUGGGUUCGCUGCUGCUGGCACUGCCAGGAUGCCAGUCCUUCAUGCCCAACUUCUGGUCCCGGGUGCUGACCCUGUCCUGGGACUCCUACACUCACCAGUACAUGACCGAGCAGGCCAUCCUCAACGUAACCAUGGAGACGCUGAAGAGCUUGCCAGGACCUCACCAUUUAGGCAGCCAGGGGCAUUAUUCAUCUGGCUCAGAGGCAGGACUGGGCCGGGGGUUCUGGCAUGCUGUUGGGGAGGUGGUCCGCUCCAACGCAGCCAUGGACUUCCUCAGCUCCACUCGGUCUGACCCCGUGUACCACUUUGACUCGGAACGUGUGGAUGCUGCCAUGGAGAUGCUGCGGGUAUUCUGGAACCAGAGCGUUCUGCUGGCGAACGCCAGGGAGUACCAGGGGGCCCGGGAAAAUCUGGGCCAGCUCUUCCACUCACUACAGGAUUUCUACAGUCACAGUAACUGGGUGGAAAUGGGGCAAAAGGCAAUCUACCUGCAUCUGCUGGACCCCAAGGCCCCUGCAAUACCAACAGCGUCAGAAAACUUUCCUACCUGCGCAAAAUGCCACAGCCCCUCCUGUAGAAAUAAUAUCCUCAAAGUGAUGCACGGUCCAGAGGUCCCUCUCCUUACUACAGGUUACUUCAGUGACUAUCCCAUCAAACCGCCAGGCAAGUGUAGCCAUGGGGGGAUUCUGGACAGCGGUCGUCACCAGGAGGCCCAGGGGGGUAUCAACAAGGACAGCACAUCGCCCUUCUUCUCCCCCCACCAUUAUUUACACGCCGAGGCUGCCAAGCUUGCAACCAUGGCGACCCUGAUGGUUCUGCGAGACCUCCGGGACACCGUGGGGCCCAAAAACUUCCUGAGAUUGUUCAGUGUGAGCCAGGCCCCAGCCCUGGUGUUUGUGAUUGACACCACUGGCAGCAUGUUUGAGGAGAUCUCUGCUGCCCGCCAGCGAGCCUACUCCAUCAUCCAGGCCCGAGAGCAUGAGAGUGCCUACAUCCUGCCUGGCACCUUCCUGCUGGUGCCCUUCCAUGACCCUGAGGUUGGCCCUGUGUACGAGACAGAUGACCCAGAACAGUUUCUGCGCUACUUGGAUGACCUCACCGCUCUGGGAGGAGGCGAUGAGCCCGAGAUGUGUUUCACAGCCAUCCAGCUGGCCCUAACAAACAGCCCGCCCUUGUCUGAAAUCUUUGUGUUCACUGACGCAUCUGCCAAAGACCGGCAUCUUUACAACUCUGUGAAGGCUUUAACACUGGAGAAACAGAGCAAGGUGAUAUUCCUGUUGACGGAGGACACAAAGAGAGGGAUGAGAAAAAGGAGAGAGACUCUCUCCCCUGAUCGCUUUUCUCUCUAUACCUCCCUGGCCUCAGUGUCCGGUGGCCUGACUAUCUUCACCUCUAAUAAAGACAUUGAGAAGGUCUCUGCCAUUGUUCAGGAUAGUGCCACGGCCAACAAGGUGACUCUUCUGCACGCCGAGAGCCAUGCGGACUCUGAUUGCUCCCACUCAUUCCAGGUGGACAGGAGCAUGAAGAACGUCACGCUACACCUGGUUGGAGCCCUAACGGAUUGCACUCUCCAAAGCCCUAAUGGUCAAAGUCAGCCCCUGCUGGGACCCCCCGGUCACCUGGCUGAGCUGGAACGCCUGCAGGGCCUGUAUCGGGUGACACUGCGCCCCCCCGUCGAACCGGGCCAGUGGCACAUCACAGCCAAGGCUAAAGGAAAUGUUACUUUCAACGUCAUCGGUGACAGCGGCCUGGACUUCCUCUAUUAUAUUGCCGCAGAGUCAAAUGAAACACACCCAGGACUAUCUAGAGUGGAAGGCAGUCCAGUAGCAGGUUCACCGGUGUUUCUAGUGCUGGCUGUCACGGGCCUCUCCCCUGCUCAGAAGGCCUCUUUCAGUCACGUGACGCUGGUGGGAGCUGACGGUGAAGGUCUGCAGGAAGUGUCCCUUAACUCCACAUCGUCCUGGUGGUCCUCGGAGCAGGAGCUGGUGGGCCGGAUAGAGGCCGUGCCACGUCAGCCCUUCUGCGUUCACCUGUUUGGCCGAGACGGGCACGGCAACACGCUGGAGAGGGUGUCGUCAGAGAUGAUCGAGCCCACUCAUGUGCAGAUACAGGUCCUCUCCUCCUCUCGCCUGGUUCCUGGCCACCGCUCAAGUGUGGCGUUUGAGGUGUGGAACCACGGCCCUGCUCGCAGCUUCUCCCUGUCUGCUGAGGACGACCAUGGCUACCUCUCACCCACAGGACCCUACAGCUUUCAUAUAGGUGAGAAGGACUCCUUUAGCAGGGAAGUGGUGCUGAAAACCCCCAAGAAGGCUGCAGCUGGAGAGGCAGUCACCCUGACCCUGAUGGUCCGCGCGCGGGACUCGGCAGAUUCAAACUACGCCGUGGUCCACCUGACUGUUAUCCCCCAGGACCAUGACACUUCGCCGCCCUCCUGCUCAGCAAUGCUUUUAGAGGCGGCCUGUCCAGAGCAGUGCUCCCUAGGCAACUGGAGCGUGUCUCUGGCCGUGAAGGACCGUGGGCACUCUGGCCUGGCAGAGGUCCAGCUCUCCCAGGGUGAGGGCACACUGCUGGUCCUCCACCAGGGCAGCCACCACAGUGCCAGAGAGGGCCGGCAUGGACACCGGCCAGGGAACUCUCAACAGGAAGCUCAUGGGUCGGAGAGAGACCACAUGGUGGCGGGGGAGCCUCCUCUGAGCGUAACGUCCUGGGUUGGGGGGCGGCCUGUGCGCCUGGGCUACGUGUCUGCCUGCUGUGCCCCCACGGCGGAGCUGGUGGUGUGGGACCGGGCGGGCAAUAGCCGGCGCUGCCAGCUGGCCUCCUUCCAGCAGAGAGCUAGCCAGGAGGAGACAAUCAAGGCAUCGUGCCAGCCUGUUCACCCAUGCCAGGGCCUGGGCCUGGUGUUGCUUCUGAUCAGUCUGCUGGCCGUCGGACCAGUGUGAGAUUCGCCACUGAGGUCAAUGUGAAUGGUAAUGUGUAAUUAAAUGCCCUAAAUGGGCCACUCACCUCCACUAGCUUUUAAAUGCUACUCAGAGGUGCCUUUGCUUAUGAAGGAUGUAUCUGUUUUUGGACCACAGGGCCAAUUGCUGCUCUGCACCCCGUUGAGUCUUGAUCAUAUUUUGGGUUUGUAAACAAUGUUUGAGGAAAUGUUAGAUAUUUUUCAGGGAUGUAGUGGAUGUUUUUCAUAAACUAGGCCUACUGUAAAAGAGAUCCUUCCUUAAUAAAUGGGUAAUAUUUGAGUGAAUGUUAGAGGUGGACUGUGGACACAAUAGGAGGAAAUAAACUAUGCACUGGUGUUGAUGGAAAAUGAAAGAAAGUCAACCUCAGGGAAAUAUGUGGUGUUUGGCUACAAUGUCACCAUGUUGACUUAUUUUUCCAAAUAAAACAACUACUAUACACUUA